UAUAUAGAACGAGAGAAACCCACCUCAAACACCAAACCAAAUACCUUCCUCUUCUUUCUCUGAAAACUCCAACUUAGAGAGUAGAGAGACAAUGAAGUGUUCUUUUACAAAACCAGUGCUGUUCGCUUGUGCAAUCCUUCUCAUUCUCAUUGUUGCUCAAGAGAACAGAGUCGCUGCGGUAGAGCCAUGUGAUCCUAUGCAGCUGAGUCCAUGCUUGGACACCAUAAGGAAAGGGUCAAAUCCAUCGGAUCAGUGUUGCAAGAAGGUGAAGGAGCAACAGCACUGUGUUUGCCAGUACCUGAAGAACCCUAACUUCAAAUCAUUCCUUAACUCACCAAACGCCAAAAAGAUCGCCAAUGAUUGUCAUUGCCCAUAUCCCAAGUGCUAGUCCCAACUAUUUUAUGUUGUCAUUUUCGAUAUAUGUUCUGUUUCUUUGCUUUCAAGACCCAAGAAAGGUGUUCCCUUUUGGUCAUCAUUCCUUUCUUUUAAUUGAACUCCUCCUCUAUGAUUAAUUGAUCAUAACCGGUGCCGACCUGGUUUAAACUGAACCAGUUAAUAUUCCCAAAACCGGCCAAUGGUUUAUUGGCUUUAUUAUUCUGUUUAGGCCUCUCGUCGUCUUGUCCCGCCGAUCACGAAAUCGAGAAUCGUUUCUCUCAACUCAUCUCAUCUCAUCUCAAGAUCUUAGAUCUCGACGCCGUUCGUUGUCCUCGUCGCUUAAUCGAGUAUGAAUCAGGAAGCAGCUGAAACAGCGAGGGAGUCGUUGGAGCUGGUGUUUAGGAUGUCGAACAUAUUGGAGACGGGGCUGGAUCGACAUACUUUGUCAGUUCUCAUUGCUCUUUGCGAUAUUGGUCUUAACCCUGAGGCUCUCGCUACUCUCGUCAAGGAGCUUCGUAGGGAUACUACUACUCCUACAACUACUUCUACGCUAGAUUAAAAUAAGAUUAGAUCAUCAAAUGUCAUUUUAGAUAUUCUACCUUUAUUUCUCCAAUUUUUAAGCUUCGAUUUCAUUUUGCCAUGGCUUGUGUAAAUUAGGAUUGGUUAGAUGAAUGUUUCUUCUUGUGCUCAAGAGACAAUGACAUAAUAAUCAUCUUCUUUCAUUUAA